AUGGCACCGGGGCGCCUGCUGACCAUUUCUCGUUUUAUUCCGUUAUGCCUUGCUUUCACGGGUAUUCUCUGUCUGGCGGCGCCAACCCGAUCGGAGGUGGAGGCCCUUGUCAUUGAUACUUUUGAUACUCCCGGGUCAAAUAACGUCGGAGGAUGGGCUGGCACAGACGAAGGCAUGAUAUCCCAAUACGGGCCCGGUUACCUAUCUCUUAGUCCAACCGACCCGGAUAUGAACUUUCAUACCAAGGUGGCACCCGAGUGUCUGGAUAUGACGGCGUACAUGGAUAUGUAUUUGCACAUCGGUUUCUCGGGAACAGAUAAAUUCACAAUCUCAUUGACUCAGCACAAUGAGGAUUGCGAUGAGAUGAGAUCACCCUAUCCUGAAACCUGGGACUCUGUCGAAGCAGCACGCUACGCCCAUGGCGAGGAUAUCUACAUUCCGCUUAGCCAUUUCAAUAUUGAUUUCUCAAGGGUCAAUUCUGUUGCAUUCAACGGCUUCUAUACCAACGAAUCGAUCACGUUGUAUAAAAUCGAAAUUACGCCAGAUGUCCCGAAGGACAUAGAUAUCCCAAAAAAACGUCCUAGCGGUACCUUGGCUCUCAAAUGUAAACGACCAAACUCCUUCGCUUUUGGCAUCGAUGACGGCAACCCAGUAUUCGCGCGGGAAGUGAUGCAAAUCUUAAAAGAGGAGGAUAUAAAGGUUACCUUUUUUACUGUCGGGAGUGGGUUGCUAGAUCGAACAACCAACUUCACGGCAAUGUACCAUGACAUGUUAUACCAUGGUCACCAGGUCGCCUUACACUCGUUCUCUCAUCCGAGGAUGGAAGGGCUCGCUAAUAUCGAAGAUAUUGAUUUCGAGAUAGUCGGAAAUAUCAAGGCAAUGAAAAGGCAGUUGGGAAUUGAGAGCCGAUAUUUCAGACCACCAUUUGGCGUCGUCGGCGCAAGGACCAGAGAGCGACUUGCCGAGUUCGUUAAAGAUCCGUAUAUUAUCAACUGGAGUGUUGACAUUGAGGACUGGCUCUGGGCACAUUCGCCAACCCCCGAGAAGCAGUACGAAGCUUUCAAGCGGGAUCUCGAGAAGGGAGGAGAUCUUGCUGUCAUGCAUUUCCUGCAUCGUUCGACAGUAGACUAUUUCAGGGAUGUUUUCCAACUUGUGAAAGCAAGCGGCAAACGAAUUAUGAGAGUGGAUCAGUGCAUGGAGGACCCGAACGCCCCUCCCUUGGACGAUGAAUGA